GAGAAGGCAGACAGAGCAGGCUGCUUGAGUACUCUAGGCUUGUGUGUGGGUGUUUGUAUAUGUGCAUUUGCCUGUGUGUACACUCUGACAGAGAGGUGAUUCUGGAUUAGACCCUUAAAGUCUACACGGCAGCUCUGAAGCUGCCUGUGGACACAGUCAUGUACUGUGCGUACCCCAACACUGGCUCCUCCGGGACCCCGCUCAUGCAUUACUACAGCAGUGGCAAGACUGGUUGCGUUCCAUCAGAUGGAUUCUCCCCCAUACACUCCUCCACCAAAGUGUCGGGCAGUCACAUCAGCAAUGCUCUGCUGGAUGGAAGUGGCAACUCCGCCCACUUCUGGAGCUCGUCCAAUGGUUUGCCUGCGUCAGGGCAUGGAGGCGGGCCGGGAUCUCUUUCUGCGGGCCAGUCGAUGCCAGCAAAUUAUAACAACCUCCCAUCAGAGGAGCGCCUGAGGUUCCCUCCUCCCCUGGUGUCCAUGUGUGGUGGAGGGGGUAAGACUCUACCUCCCAUGUCCAGCUUCCACCGCACCCCCAGCAGCACUAACACCCUAGAGGCCACUGGAGCAGAGCGGCUAUCUGGGGCUGGUGGAUCGCAGACUGGGGACACUCUGGGCAAAGCUUUGGCCUCGAUAUAUUCUCCAGACACAAGUGGUAGCUUCACUUCCAGCUGCUCGACCCCAGCCAGGUCGUCGCCCUCCCCAACCUCAGGGAGCAGCCCCUGGCCUUCGGUAUCAGUCCAGAACUACGACACCAUGAUGCAUUCUGUGAUGGACGAGCGCUUGGACAGGUUGGACGAUGCCAUUCAUGUGCUGAGGAACCAUGCCGUGGGCGGGACUUCCAGCAGCUUAACCAAUGACAUGCAGAGACCUCUGCAACUUCCAAGCCAUGGACCAAGCCCUGCCAAGCGACCAAGCUUUUCAAAUCUUCAAACACAAUCCGUGGUUGAAGCAGAGAGUGGAGAACCAGCCAAUCACACACCUCUUUCCAUUGCUGGAAUCUCACCUACUGCAGCACUGACCAAUCAGGGAGCUGGACUGAAAGGAAAUGAUGUGAUGCUGCUUCCUGCUGGGCUAGGGCCUCCAGUGCGAGGGCCGCUGGUACUGAAGGUGGAGACGGUAGAGGGAGAGCUACCGAUGGCACACGCACACUCACACUUACACUCACACUCACACUCACACUCACACUCACACUCAUCCUGUGAGUUCAGGACCGAAGAGGAUAGUGACGACAGAGACGACAGAACACCAGGGGAUCUGACCAGCAGGGACAGCAGUGUCCACGAGGGGGAGGAGGAUCUGACCGCGGAACAGAAGGCGGAACGUGAGCGCGAGCGGCGGCUGGCCAAUAACGCGCGAGAGCGCCUGCGCGUGCGUGACAUCAACGAGGCCUUCAAGGAGCUGGGCCGCAUGACUCAGCUUCACCUGCAGAGCGAGAAGCCGCAGACCAAACUGCUGGUGCUGCACCAGGCCGUCGCAGUCAUACUCAGCCUCGAGCAACAAGUCAGAGAGCGUAAUCUCAACCCAAAGACGGCAGGUCUGCGAAAGCGAUCGCGAGAGGAAGACAGAGUGACUCCACCGUCGCCGGAAUCGUCUUUCGACCCCCAGUCUGUGCUCGCUGCCCUGCAUCCCGCCAUGUCCGAGUCCCUCGCCACUCCGAACUGUACCCUCUGAGCCAGACGCAGAGGGCGUAGUCCACCAGCAAUGAAGAAAGCAGACCAGCACGGACUGACAGCAGUGGUCUAGAUUCAAGAUUCAAGAUUCAAGAUUCAAGAUUCUUUUAAUGGUCCCGAAGGAAAUUUGUCUUGGACAUGUCUACAAACAUGACGGGGACACGGACACUGGAAUCAAACCCAAAGAAUGGCAAAAUCGUCUGAAGCAGACUGAAGACCAAAAUCGUCCCUACGUAACCCUAUAAAAGGACAUUUUAUCAGUUUGUUCUGAAGACUCUGGCGAUACUAAUGGCAAAGACAAAUAACUGUUUUUUUUAAUCGCAGUUCUUUUUUUUUGCUGCCGUCACUUUGAAUCUUGUAGCUUUUGUUGUGCAUUGUGUUCCUCUAGCCAUCUCUUGCUGUAGGGCAGACUAAAUGAAAGCAGACCAAAAUACACUCUGAGGGAAACAACUGUGCGUGUCCUUGUGACAAUCCGACAAUCAUGAAGAACUGUGUGUGUGUGUGUGUGUGUGUGUGUGUGUGUGUGUGUGUGUGUG